AUGAGAGACAUUCUCAAGCGGGCUGGCAUGACGGAUUGCAAGCCACUGGCCACUCCCUCUGCUGUCACUCAGCCAAUGACUUCGUCUGAUGAACCAUUCGACAAUCCGACGCAGUACCGUCGCCUAGUUGGGGCACUGCAGUACCUGACUAUCACCCGUCCUGACUUGUCCUUCUCUGUCAAUCGACUGUGUCAGUUUAUGCAUUCGCCAACCAGUGAUCAUUGGGGUUUAUUGAAGCGUGUACUACGGUACAUCAAAGGCACUAUCUCAUACGGUCUGCGCCUCUCCGCUUCUACUUCAUCCACUACUCACGGGUUUUCUGACUCGGACUGGGCUGGUUGUCCGAUCGACAGGAAGAGUACUAGUGGAUAUGCUGUGUUUCUCGGUAACAAUCUCAUCUCGUGGCUGUCUCGGAAACAACGCACAGUAGCCCGGUCCUCAACUGAAGUUGAGUAUAAGGCCCUCGCCGAUGUGUCUGCAGAAGUCACCUGGGUAGUUUCCCUUCUUCGUGAGCUUGGGUUACACUCGGGAGAGCCGUCUACACUCUGGUGCGAUAAUCUGGGUGCUACCUAUCUUUGUGCCAACCCAGUGUUUCACGGCAGGACCAAGCAUGUGGAGAUUGACUUCCACUUCGUUCGAGACAAGGUGGCGUCGGGAGACUUGGUUGUUAAUUUUGUUUCGACAAAGGAUCAGCUUGCAGAUAUAUUUACUAAACCGUUGCCAGGACCUCGCUUUGCAGAUCUACGUGACAAGCUCAACAUUGUUGCGCACCACUCUUGA